AUAUGGAUAUAAAAACCUUCAAGCUAAAGCUGACUCUACUCUGCACUUUAACGGAUAUUUGUGGUUUUAUUUCAAAUGUACAGAGCCAAAACAAUUCAUAAUGACACUGUCCCAAUAUUUUUGCAUUUAACGGUAUAUGCUCCAGCAUUGGUUCCCAAGUUAUUAUUUUUUUUCGGCUAGUGGGUGUGGUUUGAGGGAAUUUGAACGCGCAACGCUUAGUGCACUUCAGCAGUCUACGGAACUGUUUAAAGCGGUCCCUAGUCGAAGGAAAUGGCUACACUACAUGAGAGAGGAAUUCCCUUGAGCGCACUGAAUCCUAAAUUCCUGCACACGAACUCCACCAGUCACACCUGGCCCUUCAGUGCCAUCGCAGAGCUUGUCGACAAUGCCUAUGACCCAGAUGUCCAGGCCAAGCAGUUUUGGAUCGACUGGACUGUGAUAAACAACCAGGAUUGCCUCACCUUCAUGGACAAUGGGGCUGGGUUGACCAGAAACAGAAUGCAUAAGAUGCUAAGUUUUGGGUUCAGUGAUAAGCGCUCUGCUAAAGGCCAUGUUCCAGUGGGUCUCUAUGGAAACGGGUUCAAGUCAGGCUCCAUGCGUCUGGGGAAGGAUGUCAUUGUCUUCUCCAAAACCCGGGACACCAUGAGUGUGGGGCUCCUGUCCCAGACAUACCUGGCGGCCAUUCGGGCUCAGCACAUCGUGGUGCCCAUCGUCACCUUCAGACGUCACGGACAAAGCCAUAUGGAGGGUGCCACUAGCCUGCAGGCCAUCCUGAAACACUCCCUUUUUAAAACAGAGAGGGAGUUGUUUGCUGAGCUCAGAAUCAUCAACGCCACUGGCUCCACUGGCACCCGGAUAAUUAUCUGGAACCUCCAGAGAAUAACGAACGGGAAAACCGAGUUUGACUUCACCACGGACAGGUAUGACAUCCGUAUCUGGAGGGACGUGUGUGAGGUCAAACAGUUCGGCCGGAGUACAGAAUCUGUCCCUGAGAGCGAGUACUCCCUGCAGGCGUACUGCAGCAUUCUGUACCUGAAGCCCCGAAUGCAGAUCAUCAUCAGGGGACGGAAGGUGCGGACUCAGCUGGUCUCCAAGAGUCUUGCCUACAUUGCUAAUGACAAUUAUAGACCCGCCUUCCUUAGUAAACGUGUCCGCAUAACCUUUGGAUACAACACAAUGAGCAAGGAGCAGUACGGAAUUAUGAUGUACCACAGAAACCGGCUGAUCAAAGCGUAUGAGCGCGUGGGCUGCCAGCGCAAGGCCGACAGCAGAGGAGUGGGAGUUAUUGGUGUCAUUGAAUGCGAUUUCCUCCAGCCAACACACAACAAACAGGAUUUUGACAACACCGAUAAAUACAGGAAGACCAUGUAUAAUCUAGGUGUUAAGCUGGAGGAGUACUGGAAUGAAAUUCGAUACAAGCGCAAGAAAGAGGACCCCAAGUGCAGUACACCCAUAGAGGAUGCUGUAAAAUUUCCGGAUCAAAGCUGGGUCCAGUGUGACAACUGCCUGAAGUGGAGAAGGCUUCCAGAUGGCAUCGACUGUGGCCUGCUGCCCAAGAAGUGGUUCUGCCAGAUGAACCCAGACCCCCAGUUCAGGAGCUGCCAAGCGGAGGAAGAGCCUGAAGAUUCAGAUGAGGAUCAGCGGUCAUACCCAAAACCCUACAAACGACAGAAUCAAAAUCCCUAUGGAAAAAAAAACAUAGGAUCAAAUCAACUGAGGGAACCCAUGGUGGAAGAAGCUUCUGGGUUGGCCUACAAAAAUAUGUCAUCAAUGUGGGACUCUAGAGGGAGGUCAAGGAGGAAGACUAGUAAAACUCAGAUUGAUGCAAAUGAUGGAGGACAGAUCUUUCUGGACACGGUUGCUAUGAAGCCUGCAGCAGUAGGCCCCUCUCAAUGCAGUACUGCUCUGGAUAGCUCUGGCUCCACUGACCCUGGUCCUCUUGGCUGUAGCCCUAUCGACCCCAUUCCUCUGGGGCGUGCAAGUAAGAACAGCAGUGGUGAGAGCAGCACUGGUUGUCGCCUUCCUACAAACAAGAUGCCGAUUGUCAAUGCCAGCUCCUUUUCCUCUGCCCUCGCCAGGGUGAAACAAAAACUGGCCAACCAAGUUCCCAUGGUGAUGCCAGUGGAGACCUUCACCUUGACAACCUCUUCGUCUCCACCACUACCCAAGCAGCUCACUUCCACCAGAGGCCAGACAGGCCGCAGGCUCACAGUGAGGAGGGCGGAGAGGAAGAGGGAGGGGGCAGGAGUGAGGGCAGGAGAGUUAGAGGUAGAGGGGGGCAUGAUUACCUGGCCAGGGCAGAAUUGGAAACGCAGGCGGGUUGCGCUGGAGCGGUCUGAAAGACAGAUGGAGAGAGCGAAGGCCACAGUGACCAUAAUGGAGGUGGAAGGGGGGGAGGAGAAGAAGGAACAGUGGGUUCAGCUGGAGGCACAGCAGGAGCAGCAGGACCGCCUGGUGGAGCUGAUGCAGGCAGCCUCUCAGGAGCGCGACCUGUGCAGGGAGCAGGUUCGGGAGCUUCAGAAGGAAGUGGAGGAGCUGAAAACCAAGUGCGCCGCCCUGGAGUCCAUCAGGGGAGAGAGAACUGAGCUCAGCCACAGGCUGGAGAAUGUGGAGGUUGAGAGAGGAGCUCUUUCUUCUCAGUGUGAGCAGCUGAAGACAGAGCUGGAGGACCUUAAGAGAGAGCUGGAGGAUCUGAGGGAGGCAGGGAGCAGGGCCUUCAGCCCCAGUCCAGGUGAAGACUACAGAGAAGGCCAGCGGGGAGGGUUCUGUUGUCUCUAUGGCUGAGGAGCCUGCGCCAGAGUGUGGGCCGCCUCCUAGUGACCUUUGUGCCCGCGCUGAACUUGGACCAGGUUGACUAUAACAGCAACAUCAUUGACAAAAUCCUGGAGCAGGUCCUGUACGAGGUCACAUAGCUGAAUUUAUAGAACUCUUCACACCUUUUUCUGUCCUACAUUUAUUCUGUACAGUUUAAUAAACUUGCCUUUGAGUUAAAA